UUGUUGUCGUGUCGUCGCCCUCGUUGCCGUUUGACGCUGCUGCUGCUACUAUUGUUGCUGCUGCUAGUGCUGCUGUCUAUAUCGAUCGAAUACGUGCGUAUUGGACCACCGCUGUCGCCGCCGUCGACACCGCCACUGCCACCGCCGCGCUUACAUAGACGGAGUCGUUCGCCCGCGUGAAAACUCCUUUGCGCGGAAUUUUAACGCGCUACAGACGAGAGGCCCGAUGGCAACGAAGAAGAAGAAGAAGAAAAAAAAAGAAGAAAAAAGAGGAGAAGGAAGAGGAGCAAGUAGAAGAAGGAGUAUAAAAAAGAAAAUUAAUAAGAGAAAAAAAGUUGAGGACACGAAAAUGAUGACAAGGAAGACACAACACUGACGUUUUGUUUUCGAUCGUUGCGUCGCGUGUGUGCCACCAGUUGCGUGUUGCGUAACCGCGAUUUUACGAGUUUCUAUCUUUCUCUCUUUCUCUAGAUAUCUACUCUCUCUUUCUCUCUAAAUCAUCCAGCUCUUUCUUUCUCUCUCUCUCUCCCUCCUUCUUUCUUUUUCUCUCUUACUCCAUCUAUCCUCGUAGCUGGUUCGCAACACGCCUGCAGGUUCAACAGGCAGAAAUCUUUGAAACUUCAACAUUGCUGGAGUCUUCUUCUUCUUCUCUUUGGAUCACACUAACUGUUUUGGAAAUAUCAAGUAUUGUACGGAUGAUGCAAGAAAGGACGAAGGAGUCGAAGAUAUUUUAGAAAUGGCGGAAGGCACGUGCCCGUUUUAUUGAAGAGGAUUACGAUAAGCUGCAAGAAUGGUGUUGGUUGUAAACGGGGUCCUUCAGGAAGAUGUCCCGACGGACAGUAGGUCCUUGUAUGUGUCACACCCCGUAUAUCGUGAGACCGCCGCGCAACUUCACUCAAUGCCGGCUAAAUUAGUGGGCCCGGUCGGCCUUUUAUACGUCCAACAACGAGAAAUGGCCGCCACUUUGCCACACGAUAAGAACGUGAGCAUCCUCGGCUCGGACGACAUGACUACGUGCAUAAUCGUCGUCGUGAGGCAUUCCGGAUCGGGUGCAGCAGCCUUGGCACACCUGGACGGUGCAGGUACAGAAGAUGCCGCAGCCGCGAUGGUUCAAAGGGUGACAGAAUUAGCUAUUGGCUUUCCGGAAGGUCGUUUAGAACUUCAGCUAGUCGGCGGUUAUUCCGAUCCAAGAAAUUACUCCGAGGAAUUGUUUUAUAAUAUUCUCUCUGCCUUUCACAAACAACCCGUCGAAAUCGACCUAACGUUGUGCUGUGUCGGUGAAUUGAACACAACCGUAAGAGCUGGCAUCCAUUGGCCUGUGAUCUAUGGUAUCGGAUUGAACGUGAAGACCGGCGAGAUCUUCCCUGCGACCUUCCCUGACAAGGGCCCCGAUCAGCCGCUCAGGUGUGCCAGACAGUUAACCGGAGGUCAACAGGUACUCGAUGUGUACGACUGCACACUUGGAUUACUUAGAAUCGGUCCCUUUAAUUACGAUCCCUUAAGAGGCGUCGACCUCUGGCUAGCUCAAUCCGAUCAGUUCAUCCUUCAACACUUGUCGACGUCACCAGAAGUCGAACUUCCUCAUUUCGUGUCACAGGUACGAGCAACGCUUAAAUAUAUCCAGGACAAUCAAUUUCCGGCGGUUACCGUCUUUCGAGAUAAUAGGCCUCAUUAUUAUCGUCGAGACGAAGCAACCGGAGUCUGGCAACCGAUACGAUACUAAUUAUUGCACUUCGAAUUACAUAAUAUGUAUAUGUAUGUGCGCGCCAACUUUUUCGUCCUUUCUUGAAGGAGCAUGAAAUCAAUUAAUUAAUGUUCGCGAGGAUUCAUCAUCUUUUUUUUUUUUCUUUUCUUUUCUUUUCUUUUC